CCGCUGCGCCCGUGACGCGCCCCACUCGGGCCUAGGGUGCGGAGUGGGACUGAGCCCUAGCGCCCUGGGGCUCGGCUGGGGGCGUGGGCGGCGACCCGGAGCUCCGGGACUGCGCGGCCGCCCCAGCAGGGUGCGCUGGGGUGCCGAGAGGCCACCAGCCUGGGCGCGGGACGCGGGAGCCGCAGGUGGUUCCCGGCCGGCCUUUCUCCUCCCCCUUCCCUUUCUCCCGCCGCCCUCCCUCGCGCCCGUGUCGGCGGCACUUCCCCCGCUUCCUCCUCCCUCUCCAAUCCGGAGGGAGGGAAGGAGCCGCGGCGUUUUCCUGCCUGCAAACUUCAGCGGGACCAGCCGCGGCCGCCGGGGAGCUACUCCGGGAACUUCUUCGGCCCCGUUUCCUGGGAGCCGGGGGUUAGGCAGGUUGCGGUGCGGCACCCAACUAGGGUCUCUGAACCGUCCCCGCGCCUCCUCGCCGCCCGGCCUCUUCCCCGCGUCAGUUGCCCCGGGACUCUCCUUUGUGUUGGAUGCGGACCCGCGCCCAUCGCCCUCGGGGUCCGGCGUGAACGCCGUGAUCGCCGGUCUGCCGGUACCCCGCGUGCCCAAGCCAUGCCUUUCCACCAGCGGAGCGUGGAGCCCGCGCGGCUCCGCCGGCCCGAGGAGACAGCGGUGGCCCGGGCUGCCCGCGCGCCGCUCUUCCGCUCCCUGGAGCAGGUCAGCUCGCACACCCUGGUCUGCCUGCUCGCCCAGCUGGCUGACCUGUCGCGCUGCGCUGGGGACAUUUUCGGGGAGCUCGAGGGCCAGGCGGCCGCCCUUGGUCACCGUACCGCCGAGCUCCACCGCCGCCUCGAAGCCCUGCACGCCGCCACCGCACGCCUGGACCACCGGAGAGUGAAAAUCCCGGUUUCCAACUUGGAUGAGGAGAGCCGGUGGACAGUCCACUACACGGCACCCUGGCAUCAGCAGGAGAAUGUGUUCCUUCCUACCACGAGACCCCCCUGUGUUGAGGACCUGCACCGCCAAGCCAAGCUCAACCUCAAAUCAGUGCUAAGGGAAUGUGACAAGCUGAGGCGAGAUGGCUGCCGAAGUUCUCAAUACUAUUCUCAGGGACCCACCUUUGCAGCCAGCUCCAGCCCAUGCGAUGAUUAUCAAGAUGAAGAUGCAGAAACAGAUCGAAAGUGUUCUUUCUCUUCGUCUGAAGAAGAAAGAUUUAUUGGCAUCAGGAGACCUAAAACAUCAACGUCAGGUGAAUUUUCCGACCUUCAUACUCAGACGAACUGGACCAAAUCCCUGCCACUGCCAACCCCGGAAGAGAAGACCAGACAGCAAGCCCAAACAGUCCAGGCUGACGUGGUCCCUAUUAAUAUAACUGCAUCAGUCACUGGCCAAGAUGAUGAUGGUAGUGGUCACUCAGUGUACACCCCAGACCACUACUCUACGUUAGGAAGGCUUGAUAGCUAUCGGUCUGCCGGGCAGUGCUUGGAAACCAGGGAUUCCAGCUGUCAGACAGAAGACGUGAAAAUCAUCCCACCGUCAAUGAGAAGGAUCAGGGCACACAAGGGACUAGGCAUUGCCGCCCAGAUUAACCACCUGUCGGGCUCCUCUGGCAACAUGUCUGUGCUGAGCGACUCAGCUGGUGUUGUGUUCCCGUCUCGCCUCAAUAGCGAUGCUGGUUUCCACAGUCUUCCGCGUUCUAGUGCAAGAGCAGGCACCUAUUCCCUGGAGGCAAGGAUGGGUGCCCUGGGCUCUGCUGAAGAUAUGGAUGGCACUUUUUCCUACCAGGGCAGUAACUCACAGGAAUGUGAAAACUUUGCACAUUUAGGAGGUGCCUCAAGGACUGGGAUGCUUUUGAGGCCCAAAUCCCAGCAGCUGAAGUUCUUAGAGAGUGAAAGCAUAGCAAGCCCAGCCUGCGUGGUUUCGCCUCACGCAGCCUAUUCCACCAGCAUCAUUCCAAACGCCACCCUACUGUCCUCUUCAGAGGUUAUUGCUAUUCACCCUGCUCAGAGCGCUGGACAGCUGGACAGCAGAGUACCUGGCUCAUCUUUGUACUCAAAGAUAAAACCCAGAGACCACCCCACACCCAGAUGUUCCGUGAAAGAUGACCCCUGGAACGAAGGUCGUACCAGUCUCUCAAAGGCUUUAGCCUCACCUGCUUCCAGUGCCGCCACGUUGUUAUCCCUCUGUGAUUCCGAGGUCUCUCUAAAUGCCCCAGCAAGUAGGGAGAAUGGGUCCCAAGCCAUACUCUGUCACUGUAGAAACAGCCUGAGCUUUCCUCCCCACCCUCCGGACAUGGAUGGCAAGAGUGAGUCUACUUAUUCAGGGGACAGGGGAUGUGGCAGUUCUGAGGCCUGGGAAUAUAAGUCAUCCAGCAAUGGGCAGGCAUCCCCACUGAAGCCACACCUGGCCACCCCUGGUUGCUCCACCCCUACCAGUAACAUGAGUAGCUGCAGUUUGGACCAAACAUCUAUCAAGGAGGAUGCCAGGUCCCUGUAUUCAGAGGACCAGGAUGGUUACUAUCCGGCCACUCAAAGUGAUUCUAGACAAGAGGCUGGGAACUUGUACAGUAUCAGUGAUGGCUUUGGGAACCGCAGGCACAGCAUGGUCAAUGUUUUUGAUGGAAGGACUCAGGGGAGUCAACAGGAUCAGGCCUGUCACCAAGACAAAUCUCUUUCGAGAAACAUCUCUCUAAAGAAAGCAAAAAAACCACCCCUGCCACCCUCUCGGACAGACUCACUGCGAAGGAUUCCCAAGAAAAACAGCCAGUCAAAUGGACAGGUGCUCAAUGAGAGCCUGAUCGCCUCGCUCCAGCACUCGCUGAAGCUAAGCCUCCCUGGCAAGGGUAGCAGCUCGCCUUCCCAGAGCCCCUGCAGUGACUUUGAGGAACCCUGGCUCCCUCGGUCAAGGAGCCAGAGCAUUGUUAGCGAGGGUAGUAGCAUGACCUCCACUACUACCCCCAAUGUGUAUUCUCUGUGUGGUGUCACGCCGUCGCAGAGCGACACAAGCAGCAUCAAGUCGGAGUACACGGACCCUUGGGGCUACUAUAUCGACUACACAAGCUUGCAGGAGGAUCCAGGGAACCCCGCAGGGGGCUGCUCGGCCAGCAAUGAGGCACCAACUGGAAAUGGGCCAGUACGCCACACCCAAGAGGGCUCUAGAGUCCCAAUGCCCCAAGUGCCCAGCAACUCAGUUAAACCAAAGAUCACCUCACCAGAGAAGUCACAGAGAGUCACUUCUCCAUCCAGUGGGUAUUCUAGCCAGUCGAAUACACCCACAGCACUCACCCCUGUGCCUGUGUUUUUAAAAUCAGCCUCACCAGCAAAUGGGAAGGGGAAGGCCAAGCCCAAGGUUCCAGAAAGGAAGUCAUCUCUGAUCUCCUCAGUGUCCAUCUCCUCCUCAUCCACUUCUCUCUCCUCUAAUACUUCUACUGAAGGAAGCAACACCGUGAAGAAACCGGAUUCAGCCCUGGCCUUUCCCCUUGCUCCUCCCCCUCUUCUUCCCCCUCCACCUUCUCCCAAGUCCCCUUAUCUUCCACCACCUCCUCCUCUGGCGGAUUGCUCUGAGGGCUCUCCUCUGCCUCCCUCUCCUGUGUUCCCCCCUCCACCACCAGAAGCCCUUGUUCCCUCCUGCUCCCCCACUGACAGGUGCCUUUCUCCUCCCCCCAUAGUACUUAGCCCCCCUCUGCCAAGGUCCUCACCUCCCUUGCCAGCUCCUCCACCUUUCUUGCCCUCCUCAGAACCCCCACCCCCUCCGCCCUUGGACCCCAAGUUCAUGAAAGAAAAUAGGCCUGUUGUGAAAAAUUCUAGCCAGUCUGAACCCUCUCGAGAGGCCCCCAGGCGGCCUGCCAACAAGGAGGAGGGCUGCCGACCCCCCAUGCCCCUGAUCACCACGGAAGCUUUGCAGAUGGUGCAGUUGAGGCCAGUGAGAAAGAACUCAGGUGCCGAGGCAUCUCUGUUUUCUGAACCGUCAGUACAGGAACAACGAACUCCGACUGCUCCACAGUAUCACUUAAAGCCAUCUGCUUUCCUCAAAUCCCGAAAUAGCAUAAAUGAAAUGGAGAGUGAAAGCCAGCCUGCCUCUGUGACGAGCUCGCUUCUGAUGCCUGCCAAGAGCCAGAGUCAGGGUGACCAUGACAGUGCAGCUGAGCGUGGCAGCCUUCACAGCCGCAGCGAUGGAGUUCCAGGCCUGGGGCCCAGCCUCAAGACCACUCUGGCCCCAGACUCGUCACCCAGCAGGAAGCCACCCCCCAUCUCCAAGAAACCCAAACUGUUCCUGGUGGUACCACCUCCGCAGAGAGAUUUCACCGCGGAGCCCACAGAGAACGGGAGCGAAGCAUUCCCAGGCGUGCCCAGCCCUAGCAGGGCAGACGGGGAGACUGUGCACAGCCAAGAGGAGAAAUCCACCCCAGCACCCCAAGCUGGCUCUCAUGCUACGGCCCCCACCCCCGGCAGUCCCGUUCUGGAAAGAGGAACUGCACGGUCCUUGUCCCCUGGUACUGUGGAAGCCAAUGUCCCCAUGGUCCAGCCCAGUACCUCACCGGGCCCCACACAACAAGAGUCAGCCAAGAGCAGCGUGGAUGAUGAGAGAAAUGCGAAGAGCUGCCUGUCUCAACAGAGCGGCGGAGCUGGUUUGCUGGAACACAACGCAGCUACUUCCUCCUCAGACACUGGGGACUUGUCGCAGGAAGAAGGGAGUGAUGAGGUGAUGACCCCCACUAGACCCAGGACCACAGAAGACCUGUUUGCAGCCAUUCACAGAUCUAAAAGGAAAGUCCUUGGCCGUAAAGACUCGGAAGAUGAUCACACCCGAAAUCAUUCUCCCUCCCCGCCAGUGACACCCACGGGUGCUGCCCCUAGCCUGGCCUCUCCGAAGCAAGUAGGGUCCAUCCAGAGAAGCAUUAAGAAGAGCGCUACCAGCAGUGACAACUUCAAAGCUCUGCUGCUGAAGAAGGGGAGUCGCGCGGACACCAGCGCUCGCAUGUCGGCGGCAGAGAUGCUCAAGUCCACGGACCCUCGAUUCCAGAGAUCUAGGUCAGAGCCUUCGUCAGAUGUCCCGGACAGCCCGUCCAGCUGCUCCCCCAACAAAAACAGGAGAGCCCAGGAAGAGUGGGCCAAGAAUGAAGGCCUGAUGCCUCGGAGUCUGUCCUUUUCGGGCCCUCGGUACAGCCGAAGCCGGACACCACCCUCCGCGGCCAGCAGCAGGUACAGCUUGCGGAACCGCAUCCAGAGCAGCCCCAUGACCGUCAUCUCCGAGGGAGAGGGAGAACCUGUGGAGCCAGCAGACAACAAAGCACACCGGGCUCUGGAUGCCGCCAGGGGAUGCUCUUUGGACAGACUGGUGGGGCAGGAGAUGGACCAGGACAGCCUGCUGUGUAGCGAGGAGCCCGCCCGUGUGGAUGGGAUAGGAAGGGCAGAGGGCAAUGGUCCCUCGGAGCAGUGUGUGGGUACUGAACAGAAAAGUUAGGGCCAGACCUGCCUCUCUUGAGUGAGGCAGGAAGGUGGGCAGUGCAUUACUCUAGGAAGUCUAUGCAGCUGUUUCCUGGCUUGCGGGCAUCCUACUCAGCCUUGGUGUUGGGAGAAGUCUUAGCUCUGCGGGUCACUCAGGACUCACUCGCCAUGUGGCUUAAAGCAAGUAGAAGCUUCAACUUCUGAAAGUGCUUCCUGGGGAAGAUUUUUGUUUUUGUUUUUAUUUCUCCAAAAUGCUGGGUGUGUGUAAAUAUAUGCAUUUUGAACACUUCAUUCUAACACACACACACACACACACACACACACACACACACACACACACACACUAACAUUAUGUGUAGAAAUAGGAGAAAACGUCAGCGUUCAAGCAGAGUAAUGGAGUCUUCUAGACCAUGGUGGUAACUGCUUUCGAAACAUUAUGGGUAUGGGAAUGAGUAAGGUCACUAAGAAGAGACUCUAAGCUGUUAUUUCUAAGAGGCAGUGGGUUGGCGCUAAAUACAGAACAUGUCUGUGUGUACACUUGCUACAACUGGAGACACACGUGAAAACCGUGAAGAGGCUGAGAAACGGCUAAGCAACUCACUGGUUCAGGUACUUUUUGGGGGUGGGAGAGGUUUGCUGCCUCCUCCUCCUCCUCCUGCUCCUCCUCCUC